CUUGAGCAAGAAAAGUUUGGGAAGAUUGUUUGGGACAUUACUUAAAUGACCGAAAUCUCCCUAUCUUUACCUAUGUGUUCACUUCCGAUUGGCUAGAGUUUCACCGACCGGUUAAGCCCUAAUUCGCUGAAACUGAAGACGGGGUUUAAGAAAUCUAUUUCAUGGCGCCACUCCCUUAAACCCUUUCCUCUCCAUUUCUAUUCAAUGCCGUACAUAAUUUCGCCGCUAAAUCCGAUAAACUAAUUUGUAUCUUUGAAAUGACGGCUUCGCGGCUCUCGUCGCUGGCGGCGGCGGCGGCGAUAGCGGUGUCUUAUUCUGCCGCUAGCAACCGCGCCUACGCAGACUCGCCCUUCCGAUUUUCUCCGUUUUCUUCUUCUGCGCCAUCUUCUUCGUCUCCCUCUGAGACUGCGCCUGCAGAAAUUUCUGGAUCGGGUACCCAACCAGCUGUUGAAGACUCGAAACGUGGGUUUGACCCUGAAUCGCUUGAAAGGGGCGCCAAGGCGCUUAGACAAAUUAAUAACUCUCAGCAUGCAAAACAGGUUUUCGAGGUAAUGAGAAAGCAGGAACAGACUAGGUUAGCGGAGUUGGAUGCUGAGAAGGCGAAUUUUGAGGCUAUUCAAGCUCAUGCUGAUAUUGGCUUGCGUUUGCAGGACAAGCAGCGAAAGUGGGCAGAAGAUCAGAGGAAUCUAUAUCAGCAGCAGGCUCAAGCUAAAGCACAAAUGUUGAGAUAUGAAGAUGAAUUGGCUCGCAAAAGAAUGCAGACAGACCAUGAAGCCCAGCGGCGUCAUAAUGCUGAAUUGGUCCAAAUGCAAGAAGAGUCAUCCAUAAGGAAAGAACAGGCUAGACGAGCAACUGAAGAACAGAUACAAGCCCAGCAACGUCAAACAGAGAAAGAGAGAGCUGAGAUAGAAAGGGAAACAAUAAGGGUGAAAGCUAUGGCUGAAGCUGUAGCACGGGCUCAUGAAGCAAAAUUGACUGAGGACCAGAACAAGAGGAUGCUUUUAGAGCGAAUAAAUGGUGAAAAAGACAAGUGGCUUGCUGCAAUAAAUACUACAUUUAGUCAUAUUGAAGGGGGAUUUCGAAUUUUAUUGACCGACAGGAGUAAGUUGGUGAUGACCGUUGGUGGAGCUACUGCAUUAGCUGCUGGGGUUUAUACCACUAGGGAAGGGGCAAGAGUAAUGUGGGGAUACGUAAAUAGGAUUCUUGGCCAGCCAUCUCUGAUUCGAGAAUCAUCUAUGGCGAAAUUCCCAUGGUCUGGGGUUGGUUCUCGAGCUGCAAAUAAGCUGCUAAGUUAUAGCACUGCAGCUGGGGCUUCUGCAUCCACACAGAGUAAGUCAGCACUGGGUGACAUUGUCUUGCAUCCUUCACUGCAGAAGCGAAUAGAACACCUUGCUCGAGCCACAUCAAACACCAAAAUCCAUCAGGCACCUUUCCGGAACAUGCUUUUCUACGGGCCUCCUGGUACAGGGAAAACUAUGGUAGCAAGAGAGAUUGCUAGAAAGUCGGGCUUGGACUAUGCCCUGAUGACAGGAGGAGAUGUUGCGCCUUUGGGGCCCCAGGCAGUUACCAAGAUACAUGAGAUAUUUGACUGGGCCAAGAAGUCAAAGAGAGGUCUGCUGCUGUUUAUCGAUGAGGCUGAUGCUUUUCUGUGCGAACGGAAUAGCACGAACAUGAGCGAAGCCCAAAGAAGCGCGUUGAAUGCAUUGCUCUUCCGCACGGGUGACCAAUCGAGAGACGUUGUCCUCGUCCUCGCCACUAACCGUCCCGCUGACCUCGACAGUGCCAUCACUGACCGCAUCGAUGAGGUCAUCGAGUUCCCACUCCCCAAGGAAGACGAGCGCUUCAAGCUUCUCAAGCUCUACCUCUCAAAGUACCUCCAAGGCGAAUCGGGCCAUGCAAACGGGCCAGGCAAAUUGGGCCUGGGACUUCUUUUUAAGAAGAAGGCCCAAAAGAUAACCAUAAAGGACCUGGCAGAUGAUGUCAUACGUGAGGCUGCCAGGAGGACUGAGGGGUUCUCUGGCAGGGAGAUUGCGAAGCUGAUGGCUAGCGUGCAGGCGGCAGUUUAUGGGCGGGCGGAUUGUGUGUUGGACUCGAGCUUGUUUAAGGAGAUUGUGGACUACAAAGUGGCCGAGCAUCACCAGAGGAUUAAACUCGCGCAGGGCCAAGCUUAGAGUUUGGUCGAGUGACUUUUGGUUGUUUUAGGAAACUGUUUCAGUCUGUCAGAGAUUUUUAUUUUUUUUUCGGUCGUAUUAAGCAUUUUUUUUUUCUUUAGUCGUUAUUGAGCAAGUUGGGAUAUAUUGAAUAUUAAAUCGGUAUGGAAAAAAGAUUAUAAUAAUAAUAAAUUUUUGUAAAGCUCCGCCUGAAUUUUGAUUUUGAGCUGAACAUGGGCGGAGAAAUCAUGACCGGGACCGUUUGUUAUCAAUCUACUGGUUAUUUUGAUUUG